UACAUUUUAUUUAGCUCUGUCGAAAACAAAUAACAAACCAUAGUCCAAUUUCCUUAAAAUAAAUCUGGACCCAUCGGGUUCUGUUAACACAGUUUACUUAUAUUUUUUCCUCAAAUUAAAUAUUUGUACUUUAUUUCUUUAGUUUAAGUACAUAUCUAUCUGUUAAUAUGCCAGAUUUACGAAUAGCAGUUGUUUGUUCUAGUAACCAAAAUAGAAGUAUGGAGGCUCACAGCUGUCUUAGUAAAAAGGGAUUUAAUGUGCAGUCGUAUGGUACAGGAAGCCAGGUCAAACUACCAGGACCAUCACCAACUGCGCCAAAUACAUAUGACUUCAACACUACAUAUGAGGAGAUGUAUAAAGACCUAAAGAGAAAAGACGUAGCAUUAUAUACACAGAAUGGUAUUUUACACAUGCUGGACAGAAACCGACGAAUAAAGUCCAAGCCUCAGAGAUUCCAGUCCUGCAAGGAACAUUUCGACCUAAUUGUAUCGUGUGAGGAGAGGGUAUAUGAUCAAAUCUUAGAAGAUUUGGAUUCGCGAGAAAAAUCAGAAUGUGCGAACCCAGUACAUAUAAUCAACAUAGACAUACAGGAUAAUCACGAGGAGGCUACGAUUGGGGCUUUUAUAAUCAAAGAUCUGGUGACCACUGUGGAAAAUUUUGAAGAUUUGGACAAUGAAAUAGACGAGAUCAUUCAAGAAUUCGAACACUCUGUAAGCAGGUCGAUUUUACACAGCACGUGGUUCAUGUGACACUGUGUCCAAAAUUGCUGUAAUAUACCGAUCUUCUGGCCUGCUUUCCCUGUGUGUGAAUAGUAUUUAGAUUAUUCUGUGUGGCGGUCACGUGAUAUUUCUGUAUGAACGAGGCCAUUGUCAUUCCAUUUCUUGGACAUAUUCACGUUGUCAAUGUCAUGUUGAUUUCAUAAUUUACCAGGAAUACAACCAGGUUCAUGUACAGCACGGAACAUUUCUAAUGUGAGAAUAGAAAGCUUGUGAAAGCUUCAGUCAAUGAAUUUGUCUUUCAGUUUAUUGUCAUGGGUUUUUAGGCGAUUUGGUUUUCACAUAUUACAUGUCAUAUUUUUUAUUGAGUAUUCAUACAGACAAAGAUUAUCGGGACAUAGUAGAUGCAUAGGAAACACAACAUUUGAAGAAUUACACUAACAUGCAUGUAUGUUUAACGUAAUUUGAAUAUUCUUAUCUUACUGACAAGUUUUUUUUUCUAUGUCAUAGCUUGUAUAUAUUUGCUACUACACUUUCAUAUUGGUCGAUGAAUUCUGAUGUAGGGGUAUUUAUUUAAACUUUGAUAAUAGAUUAUUUCAGUCACCAUUUUUUCAUCAGCAUCAUCAUCAUGAACACAAUUGCAUUUCUCUCUUUAUUCACGUUACAGUCAUCACCGAUAUCAAAUAUUAAUACAUUGAUAUCAUCAUCGGUUACAUUAUAAUCAUUUACAAUAUGUUCAUCAUCAAUAUAACUAUCUUCGUUGUAAUCAUCUUUAUCAAUAACAUGACAAAAAUCAUCAACAUCAUUGUCAUUUUUCAGCAUAAAUAUUAUCAACAUCAUCACUAUUAAAGUUUUCAUCAACAUCAUUAUCAUCUUCAGCAUUUGUAUUAUCAACCUUAUUUCCAUAAUCAACAACAAAGUUUUCAUCAGCAACAUUCAUGUUAUUAUAUUAAGUCUCAUGAAUCGUCCCUACAUUGUUGUAUUGUUUGAAACGUUUUUGUUAAAAAAACUACAGAUUUGAUCUGAAUAGUACCUGUAUGAUCAGACAAUCUCCUACGCAGUGAAAUCCCCUUAUCAGUACAGUCUGCCAAGGGAGGUAAUCAAUGUGAGGGAGAAUUUUUCAUGUGUUUAAACGUGCAUGAAUAAAAAUGUGCUUGCAGUUGACUGUUAGACUGGCACUACAUGGGUAUUUAAUAUGUUUGACUGGUACGAUAUUGCAAGUUUUGUCUUAGUUCAAAAAUGUUGUUUACAAAUGUAUUGUUAUUAAAUUGAUGAUAUAGAUGCCAAAAUGAGUCUUGAUGCGUUUCAUAGAGAUACAAUAUAUUCUUAAAGUGAUUCCCCUAUUUAUGUAUAAUUAUUUAUACAAUUGUAUCUCUAAUUUAUAAAUACAAUAUGAAGUAUAUGGAAUGAUGUCUGAAUUCCGUUAAUAGUUUUAUUAUCAUUUAUUUAUAUAUUGAACAUAAAAUGUAAAGAAAAGUUUCCCGAAUUCUCCGAUUGUUUUGUGAUUGUUUAUUUAUAGAUCUUAGAUGGAAGAAAUUGUGAAUUGUAAGGAAACUUCUUUAUUUCCAUUAACAGUUAAUUUUUAUGUAAGUGCGAAAAUGUGACAAUGUCUUGCUUUUACGUAUGUAUUUGGGUUCACGAUUUUAUAAUUUUAAGUGCUGAUUUCUACUUAAAAACGUUUUUGGAUUGUAGAAUCGUGUGGGCUUUUUUCAAUUGUACAAAUGGGUUUAUUUUUCUACGUUCUUUUGAUUUGCAUUCACUCGCGGUACUAAUAAUUUUUGUCAUUAUUAAGAUUCAUGUAGAUAAAAAAUUAGAAAAAAAGGAAAGCAUUUCUGCAUUAUAAAAAACAAUAAAAAUGUUUUUGAGAAAAAGGGUAAUGCUUUUUUCUGAUCCCAUUCAUUAAGUAGUUUGUCAUUUUAACGUAUUAUAAAAAAUGCUAUGUUCGUGUGAAGGAUCAGGAUUGAAAAUCAUGUUUUGAGAUUUUUUUGUGGACAUUAUGAAACUACUUGUUAUGUUUGUUAUUGUAAAAAUGAAAAUAUUUCAAUAAAAAUAUACGUAAAAUUAA